AUGAGUGGAAGAGGUAAAACUGGAGGCAAAGCCAGAGCAAAGGCCAAGACCCGCUCAUCCAGGGCAGGACUGCAGUUCCCCGUCGGUCGUGUUCACAGGCUUCUCCGUAAAGGCAACUAUGCCGAGCGAGUUGGUGCUGGUGCUCCCGUUUAUUUGGCCGCUGUGCUCGAGUAUCUGACUGCUGAGAUCUUGGAGUUGGCUGGAAACGCCGCUCAGGACAACAAGAAGACCCGUAUCAUCCCCCGUCACCUGCAGCUGGCGGUGCGCAACGAUGAGGAGCUGAACAAACUCCUGGGCGGAGUGACCAUCGCUCAGGGAGGUGUGCUGCCCAACAUCCAGCCUGCGUUGUGGCCUAAGAAAAGUAAGCAGUAG